AUGAAAAAAAAGGGAAAAAGCAACGACGAAAAAAAACAAAUCGUGUAUGACAUCAUGCUGGAGAGUGAAUCCUUUUUCAUACUAAAGGAGUUGGAGGCGCUUGCGCCAAACAAGGGAAUCCGCUCCCUCUUCGUCAAGGACUUACUACAGCAGCUGGUAGAUGAUAACAAAGUCAAGUCGGAGAAGGUCGGUUCGCAGAACGUUUACUGGUAUGUGGUUCUCAAAACUGAGGAAUCCUCCACCCUGGAGAAUUCGUACCAGGAGAUGAAAGAAAAGAAGGAAGAGUAUGAAGAAAACGCCAAAAGGGAGAAGGAGAGCUACGAAGAAUUCACGAACUGUUUAAGCAUGUCGCAGGACCGCUUGAGAGACAAGCUAGAGGAAGCCAAAACGCUAAUGAGCCAUCUGGAGGAGAAAAAGAAAGAGCUGGAAAACGUGAAGAAGACAGAUAUAAAGGAGAUAGAAAAGAUGAAGAUGCAGAAUGAGUGCGCCGUGGAGUCCAUUCAGAGAUGGAACAACAACAUCUCCUUGGUGAAGCAGUGGAUCCAGGACAGAACGAACAAACCCGCAGACACGGUCGAUAGACUGCUGGGAAUGUAA